AUGUCAGACAAUGAGGGCACUACAACCAGCAAUGGCAAGGGCUGGACUGACCGUCAGCGUCUCGCGUACUACUUCAGCCUCGUCGAGCACUCCAACGUUAAGCUUGACUAUGCGAACCCCCCUCGCCCCAAUGGAAAAUCUGUCGGCGCUUGUCAAAUCAUGGUUCACCGCCUCAAAGGCACCUUGAAGACUGAACUCGCAGCGCUCCGUGGUGUCGGCGAGGCGGAUGUGACUGGUACACCGAAGAAGACUCCCACACCACGAAAGCGCAAGGCCAAGGGUGAUGCUGAGGGAGAGGUUGCAGCUACGCCUACUAAGCGUGGCCGUAAGAAGAAGGAAGUUGAGGAGGGGGUUGUUGAAAAGCUUGUCGAUGAUGAUGAUGAUGCGGAGGAGGAGAUUGUUGUUAAGCCUGAGCCCAAGGAGGAGGAUGUUGGGUAUGAGGAGUGA